GCCUGAAGAUCCGGCAGGCAAAGCGUAGUUCUGGGACCACCCAGGUGGCCUCUGCAGCAGAAGACACCUGUGAGCCAUUUUCAGCCCAACGUCUUCAGCAUCUCAGGAUUUAACUGGAAAGGGCCAUACGGGGGCCAUGGAUUACCAACCGAGUAUCAUCCGGGAUGCUAACCCCAUGGAGAAUCUGGAGAAGCAAUUAAUCUGCCCCAUAUGCCUGGAGAUGUUCAGCAAGCCUGUGGUGAUCUUACCUUGCCAGCAUAAUCUUUGCAGGAAAUGUGCCAAUGACAUAUUUCAGGCUGCUAACCCCUACUGGCAAACAUCCCGGGGAACCACCAUAUCAGGGGGAAGAUUUCGCUGCCCUUCCUGUCGCCAUGAAGUCAUCUUGGACCGUCAUGGAGUCUAUGGCCUCCAGAGGAACCUACUGGUAGAGAACAUCAUUGAUAUCUACAAGCAAGAAUAUACCAGCCGACCCGUGAAGAAGGGCAACCAUCCAAUGUGCAAGGAACACGAAGACGAGAAGAUCAACAUCUAUUGCUUGACCUGCGAGGUGCCGACCUGCUCCAUGUGCAAAGUCUUCGGGGCUCACAAAGACUGCGAAGUCGCACCCCUCCAAAGUGUCUUUCAGGGACAAAAGAUGGAGCUGAACAACUGCAUCUCUAUGCUGGUGGCAGGCAAUGACAGAGUCCAGACGAUCAUCAGCCAACUGGAAGAGUCAUGCAAAACCACUGAGGAGAACAGCCAAGAGGUCAAGCAGGCUUUGUGUGAGAAAUUUGAAGCCCUCAUCGCCAUCUUGGAGGAGAAGCGAAGCGAGCUGCUGGAACGCAUCUCCAAGGAGCAAGAGGAGAAGGUCGGGUUGAUGCAGAACCUCAUCCAGCAGUACAAGGACCAGCUGGAGAAGUCCUCUAAGCUGGUGGAGUCCGCCAUUCAGUCCAUGGAGGAGGAAGCAGGGGCUGCUUUCCUCAUGACUGCCAAGCAGCUCAUUAAAACAAUCGUGGAUGCAUCGAAGGGAGCUCAGCUGGAAAAAAUAGAGCCAGGAUUUGAAAACAUGGACUAUUUCACCCUAGACCUGGAGAAUGUCAAGGAAGUCUUGAGGAGCAUUGACUUUGAGGGAGAUGAAGAUGAGGAAGAGGUAAAUGAGGAGGAAGAAGGAGCAGAAGAAGAGGAACCUCAGGUUGGCAAAGCAGAUGAUGCUCAGUAACCAAAGAGGAAACAAUGACUUCCAGGAGGAAAAGAGAAAUCUACCUAUGCAGAUUAUUGUACAAUCGGGGAAAGGAGGAAGAGAUGAAGGAAGGGAGAGAGAUGGGGUGGUAGGAAACCCAAACUAAAUGCCCUUAGAAGCAAGAGGAAAUGAUUUGGGACAAACGUCAGCUGAAGCAGAGCCAUUGGGAAGUGGAAUUCGUGGCAAUUCGAGAAGAAAAUCGUGCACAAAGACACUUUUAUACACGGGUGCAAAAUGGAACUUUUCAUACAUUUUAUAUGUUGUGUGUUUUUUUUUGUACAUAAUUGGAAUGGCACUUGAAUUUCUUUGUUUUGUUUUUUUAUUUUUGUAAAGGAAAAAAUGCAUUUUCUUUUUUUCCUUUUCCUCAGAACACCCUUCGUUAGACUUGAAAGAUGUUAAUUAUGGGAAUUUAAGCAUUUUUAUUUAUUUAUAAUUUGUUUUGCACUUGUUUAGAAUGGACAGUAGAAAAGACAGGAAUAUUUAGUGUUUAGGCCUUAGGAAACAGAACAGAACUACUGUAGCUUUUGUGAACUUUUUUGAUCUAGAGAAAAGUAGGAAAGAGUGUUUCUUGAUCUUACUGCUUGUACUUUUUAAAAAGAUGUCUGCUGAUUUUUCCUCUUUAUGUAUAUAAAUACACAAUAAAUGGAUUCCAGG